UAUGUAUCAUACACAGCUCUAGGAAAAUAAGAAAAAACGGCGACAAAUCUUCCACUUUGCCCAUGAAAAAGUCAAGAUUUCAGCCUUAAAAUACAGCUGAUCAUCUUAAAAUGAUUUUCAAUCAUUGUUUCACCUUUCUGUGCUGUUUGAUUGGAGUGUUAGUCAGCACAGAAGCUCAAUCACCAACAGAAAACCCAGAAUGCAAUGGCAUGAAUAAAGCAAAAACAAGACUAGAAAAGGGAAUUGGGAAAUUUACAGGAGAACCAAUUAAUUGCCUUGUGAACACAGCAUGUACUGGCCUAAGUUGYAAUGGAACUCAUAAAUCASAACCAUUUUACAUGAGUCUAAAACUCCAACACUGYAUGAAACCAGAUCCAGAGAUUCAUAUUGACCUGAUAUACCCAAAAAGAAAACUCAAUGUUCAUCRAGAACUUAAACAAGRCUCRACURUARACUUGUACAGCAYYARCAMUSYAGAGRUCAAAUUGAAAUUAAAUCUGAAAAGAAAACAAAACAGAAUUACUACAAGUAUUGAUCUAGAAGGCUGUACAAAAUUAAUGGGACGUUGUAAUAAAAUGCAAACUUUGCUGCCAACCACAACCUACUGUGUCAACAUGAACACAUGCCCAAAAGGCCAGUUCAACACCACUGGUUAUAUCCCUUGUCAAGUGCCAUCAACACCCACAUAUCAAAGUCCUAAGACUAGAUUACCUACUCCAACAGGACCUCCUAAAUCAUCUAACCCUUCAACAAUCAAUGGAGUGUCAACCACUAAAAAAUCAAUGYCAGACUUGCAUUCUACACCAUCAGAAUCUCCUAAGUCCACAAAUCCUUCAACAAUCCAUAAAGUGCCCACYACUAAAAAAUCAAUGYCAGACUUGCAUUCUACACCAUCAGAGCCUAUUGGAGCAAAGGGGCACAGCAAAAAAGGUGAUGGGCAUCAUCAUAUUUCUGUGGGAGAGGCUGUUGGGAUUGGAUUUGCAGUGCUUGCUGCCAUUCUUAUUGUUAUUGGUGUUGUUAUCUACUGGAAGAAGUUCCAUCAUCGCUCUCGUCUGCGUGCAGCUUACUACAAUGAYAUCUCAAUGAAUGAUCCUUUGUAUGAAGACUUUGGGCCAGAGGUUGCAUAAAGGGGAUAUUCUUUUGUACAGUGAAAACCUUUGUAAUCUUAGAAAGAGUAAGCUUGGUAUUAGACUGAUUCCAUAAGUCGUAGUUUUCGCUCCUUGGUUUUUCGGUUUGCCACAAAACUACAAAAACUCUGACAGAGCAAACUUUGACUGACUUAUGGAAUCAGUCUAGCUUAGUAUUUCCUUAAAUCCCCUUGAUAACAUUCUAAAUGGUGAAAAAGUAAUUUGAUAUACUGUUUGGGCGUGAACAACAUCAAUUUAUCAAAUUUGAUGUUUAUCCUCUGUUGGUGUAUUUGUGUCUUAUUUUUAUCAUAUUAUUAUUUUGAAGAGUGCUCAGUGUUUAAUGUUGACACCAUUAAUUUCAAUACCACAACUCUAUUUAACUGAUUGAACAGUCUUCAAUAAAAUGUGUUAUAAAUAAAGGGAUUCGCUGUACAGUAGAAGGGAAGGAACUUUUGACAACUUUCAUGUAAAUAAUCUUGCUAGAUAUUUUGGUUCUAAUUUUGAUAAUCUGCACAGACAUGGGAUGCAUUUAAAAUUCAGUAGGAAAUCACAAUUAGUUUAUAGUGUCAUAAAUUGUCUUGUUUUCUUGARAUAAUUGUGGAUUUGCUUUAUAAUGACUUAAAAGGUAAUGAAAAUUCAUUUAUAUCAUACAUCUGCAGACAUUCACAUGUUKACGUUUUAUGUUUCCAUGUUUUAUAAUUAAUAAAUUGCCAUCAGCAUUGCAAAUGCUUUAAUAUCUCUCUUCAUAGAGAAGCUAAGGAAGGAAGAAAGGAUAUUUCAACCUUUCUCCACUACCCAAGAUGACAGAGAGAGAUGUAGGGGGAAAGGUUARGGAGGGAAUAAAUAAAUUAUGAAACAGUAUUGCAAAAUAGCACAAAGCACAUUUAAAAUACCACGACCCCAGUUUACAUAGAUUUACCAUUGCCAGUGGCAAUAUAUAUGUCAUUUUGGUCAUACAAUCAGUGAUUAUGUUAAUUCAAUGUAAAUAGAACAAGGUGUACCUAAUAAAGAUUGUAAAACUUCA